CGAUGAUAGGGACAGUGAAAACAAUAAUAUUUAUUGAGAUUUAGUAUUAAUUUUGACUUUUGGAUUGUUCUAUCUGUCAAUUACUUACUACCGAAUACUAUACAUUUAUAAUAAUUUGUAUUUGUUACUACUUAUUAUUAGGUAGUAAUAAUAUUAUUUAUUGUCAACCAAAGUCUUAACGCUGUGGCAGUGACUAACUACUGUCAAGAUCGAAUAGAAAAUAUGACGGAUAAACAAGAACCGAAUGGUGGCAAAGGGGCUAACAUAACCGACCAAGAACGUGAUUGGGCUCAACAAGCGUUAGCCGAUUAUGAACAGAAAAACUACAAUUCGUGCUUGCAGCACUUGAAUCUGCUCGGGGAGGUGAGGCCAAAUGACCCCAAAGUACAACUGAAUAAAGCCAUUGUUGAGUACUACGAGAAUGGUCUGUGCACGACUGACAAGUUUCAAAAGUCGUUUGUUGAUGUCUGUAAACAGGUGAUACAUAUACUUAGGUGCCUAUAGUUUUCACUUGUCCAAGCGUAACCAAUGUGUUUUAUUGUUGGCCACAGGUGGAACUGAAUCUAGAACAAUUGGACUCGCUAGAGGAUGUCGAAAACUGUAUUUAUUAUUACAACUAUGCUGUAUUGCUAUACCAUCUGAAACACUAUACCAAAGCACUGGCUGUAAUCAAUAAAGUCUACUCAUUCAUCGAAUCUCUAGGUUUAUCAUUAUUUUUUUAAUAACACUACAUUCAAUUUAUUAUACAUAGAAUUUUGUUACAGAAGAAAGCUUGGCCCAUAGAGUGUGUCUGUUGAUUGUUCAAUUAAACAUCGAUACCAAAAAACCUGCAGAAGCACUCAAAUUGAUUGCUUAUAUUGAAAGUCAGUUUGUGUCGACGGACAAUGCCACCAAUAUAUUGACAGGCAGUGCAGAUCAAGGUCCCAUACACACUGAAACUGAUAAAACAGAAAAGGUAUAGUAUUAUAUUAUUUGUACAUAAAUUAUAAUGUAUUUAACAAUCGUCAUUUGUAUUAGAACUACAUUUUUUAAUUCUGAAAAUGUUAUUAACGGAAUAUUAUUGUAUAAUAAUUGCAUUGUUUGUUAAAUUUGGUUUUACAAUACAUAUAAUAUUAUUUAGGUUGGUUAAUUAAUGUGUGCUUAAAAAUUAAAAAAACAUUCAUAUCUUUAUUUAGUAAUUUCAAUUUUUGUAGAAAACUAAUUUAGAUGCAGCCACUGAUGCAUUUCGGGUGAGUCUUAUCCAGUAUCGCGUUAGGUGUUUAUUGGAACUGAACGCAUUCGAACAAUGUAGCCAGGAACUGAAUACUAUCAAGGAAAAUCAGGUAAACAUCUACAAUUAUAAUGGAACGUUUAUUGUCAAAACAAUUGGCAAUCAACUGAAAUUGUUAAAUAUAAAGUGGAUUGUAUUUUAUUUACAAUGAAAUUUAUGAUUUCUGUACUUUUGACAUGUCUAUAAAAUAGUUUAUAGUAAACAUAAUUUUUUAUAGGUACACUGUGUUUCAGGACUCAAUAACACUGUUUUUGAUGGGAAAAUUAGAAUAUCUGCGUGGUAAUUUCAAUGAAGCAUUGGCAAUUUUAAGAGAAAUUCCUACAGAUGACGAUUAUAAGUAUGUGUGGUUUUCAUACUACUUAAUAUCAGUGAAAAAAAAGUUUUUUUUUAAAAAAUGAGCUUGUUCAAGUUCAAGAAAUUAAAUAUUAACUAAUUCAAAUUCUAGUUCAAAUUCAUCAAAUUGAAAUAAGUUUGAAUUAUAAACAGUGUUAUCACUAAUUGAAAAUAAUAUCUUUGCACAGAACUAUGCAGGUCAAAUUUGGUUUUUUAGUAGUUUGUUAUUUUUUAUUAAUAUUCAUUUGUAUGAUUCUAAAAUUGUUACUGUUAAUUAUAAAUAUGCAUGCACAGUAAAAUACAUUUUUUUUAAGUAGGAUCCUCCUUUUUUGUAACAAAAAACUUUUUUGAUUCCUUUAUUUUUGAAAGCAACUUUACAUUUUAGAAUCCAAGCAUAACGAAGGAGUUAUUGGUUUUACAAUGCUGUUUAUUUUUUAUUAGUUUGUGGACAUGAUUUUUUCUAGUAAACUUGCUCCGAUGUAUGCGUGCUUAUAGCUCAAGUAGUCUAGAUUGUACUUCAGAGAGAUUAUUUUUUGAUUUCCGCUGCUAUGUUUUAAAUAAAAGCAUUUAAAUGGGAAUAAACGUAGGAAAAUGUAUAAUUACUUACAGAUAUUAAUCAAAUAACCUUGUAUCCUACCUUCCUAAUUUCUCACCUACAACAGUGACUGCUCCCAUCCACAGUAUCAGCUCUUUUUUUUACAUUAGGACUGUCUAAACUAGUAUGUAAUUUGUAAUUAUUGUAAAUUAUGUAAUUUAUUAGUCACAUUUUUUACCCCGAUUCUAUGAUUUUUUUUUAAGUUUUCCUUUUAAUUUAUUAAUUUGAAAUACAGCUAACUACCUUCGGUAAGCAACGCUUGUAUUGAAGGUAGAGAAUUCAAUGUUUCAUAAUAUUAUUUAUUUAUUAUUUAUGUACAAUUAAUAUGAUUAAAUAUAGAUAUAUAAACAUAUAAAAAUAAAACAAGAUAUAGAUAUAAACUAGAGUUUAAGUAAGUAUAUACAUUUUUUCUGUUAAAAUGUUAUGAAUAUUAAAUUUAUUUUGAUAAUUUGUUAAUAUGAUGUCUUUAGAUAAUAUUUAUUUCAUGUUAUUACAUAAAAUCAAUUUAUGGUAAAUAUCACAGCAACAAAAUACCACCUUACCAGAUGGUGUCUUUAUGAUAUCAAUUUGUAAAACGUUAACCAUCAUAAAUAUUAACCACUAUUUACGAUAAUUAUUAUUUUAAACUGUGAUGUUAAUUAUUCGAUAUAUAAAGACUGUAUCAUAGAGUACUAUAUUUCAAUAUGUUAACUUGACCAAUGAAUGUACCUAUUGCUGCUAUAAAUACUAGAUAGAAUGAAUGAAAGAUUACACAACCAUUAAUAAAAAAAAUUGUAUACAAGGUUUUUUUCUUUGGUAAUAAAAAGUCUUUGAAAGAAAUUUAAAGUUUCUUGCGUUUCUUCCUCAAUGUAUUAUAUAAAUUAAACGUAAUAAUUAUAACUAUGGUCUAUGAAGUUAAUUUAACAAUGAACUAACCAGAACCAUUCAAAUUCAUAAUAAAUAAGAACUUUGUUCAUGUUUAAGUUCAUUUCUUGAAAAUUGAACUCAUUCAUAUUCAAUUGACAUUAUAUCAACGGCGAACGCGCUUUUUUCCCAUCACAGCUUAACAUAAGUAGUACAUAUGAUUAUCUUCAUUUUACAUUUUUUUUUUUUUUUCUAGGGAGACUGGAGAAUCUACUUCAGUUUUAAUAAACACUAAUAUAGGUUGUCUAUACCAUUAUGCCAAAAAACCUACCUUGGCGUUUUCAUCCAUUUACAAAGGAAUUGUUCAACACCAAAAACACAUCUCGGAUGUCACAAAAUCAAUACAAGGUAAGUAUCAUAAUUGAUAAAGUAUCAUUAUUUCCAUGAAAAUCUAAAUGUUUGUGUACAAACAGCACAAGGCAGUUUAUCUGGUCAACCACUUCAGGUAAUUGGAGCAAGCGUUAAAACUGAACUCAUGUUCAAUCUGGGCUUAAGUCUAUUGCAUGCUCGAAAGCCUGAAGAAGCGUUUGAUUGUUUAAUUGAAGCUGUACAGACAUAUCAUAUGAAUCCUAGGCUGUGGUUGAGAUUAGCGGAAUGUUGUAUAAUGACUCAUAAAAAAGUAGACAAAAACAUUAGUUAAGCUUUUAUAAUUUUAUUAAUAAAAUAUGAACAUUUUUAUUUUAGAGUAAUGAUAGGGAUUUUGAUUUCAAAAAACCUUAUAUCGAAGGUGUUAUCGGCUCUGGCAAACACAGAAAAAUUAUUUUAAAGUCACAAUUGUUUCCAGACACUAAAUACAGGUUAGUUUAGUUUAUGCCAUUUAGUAGCUGUAUUGUUUAUUUCAGAAUGUUUGGCUCAGAAAUCGUUUUCAACCACUUUCAGUUGUGAAGCUGUUUCUGCUUCUAUUCCAAUGCCAAGCCUUGAGUUUGGUUCAUUAUGCAUUCGUAAUGCUAUUUUACUUCAACCAAACAGCCAAAUAGACUGUUCGCCUUCUCAUCCAUGUAAUGAUGCUAAUAAAGACUACCUUUUCGGUUGUAUUCAAUCGGCUGGAGCCUAUAUAGCCUUAUGUCUUGGGGACCCCGUAGUGGCAUUAAAAUAUUCGCAAGAGUUACUAAAAUGUGAUAAAAUCAAUAAGGUUCACAAGUAAGUAAAUUAUUUACUUGAUUAUUAUCAAAUUUUAAAUGAUAUUACAAUUCUUUACUUUUUUCAUCCUAUUAGAUUUUUAGGACAUCUGUACGCAGCCGAAGCAUUAGUAUUAUCAGAUAAACCAAAUGAAGCCAUAGAUAUGCUAAAAGAGUCUAAUGCUCUGGAUGACAUCGAACCUGAAAUACAUGAACAACUUACAAUUGAACAAUGGAAGCCAGACAAACAGAAAUCUGCCAAAGCUGUUCUUUAUUAUAACUUAGCAGUGGCGUUAACGCUAAGAGGCGAUCUCGAUAAAGCUGGAGAAUUAUUAAAACAAGUAAGACCAGUAUUCAAGUAAAAGGUAUUUCUAUUAUCCGUUAAUUACGAUUGAUAGGAACUAAAGUGUUUUAAUUUAAAAUGUUUAUUUACCAUGUAAUAAAUUAUUGUACAUGGAAAUAUUUCUAUGUACAAAUAAAACUUUUCAAAUCUAGUUGUUAAUGAUUAAAAUUAAAAUUAAAUAAAAUAAAAAUCAUUAUUUGCAUGGUUUGGUUAACUAAUUAUAAUACUGUGGUUUCAUUUACAGAUAUGGUUAUCAAAAAUAGAACAUGUAUCAGUUCCUGUACAUGUUGUUAUAUUAGCCCUUUACAUUCACUUACGAUUAGGUAAAGACAACAAAUAUCAAAUAAAUCAACACAAUUAUUUGUACAUUAUAUUUGCUAAACUUGUUACUUUGUUAUAGGUCAAAAAGAAAUUGCAAUCACCUUAAUAAAACAAAAUUGUCCGCAAGCUAAGCGAUAAGUUUAUGUAACAUAAAAAAUAUUGUACACAUAAUUAUAGUUUACAAUGUAAAGAUAACACUAAUAACAUUAGGUACUUUCAAAUUGUAUUUAUAUAUAUGUUUGUUUUUAUUCUAUAAUAUGUAAGUAUUUAAUAGUACAGGUGUCGAUGAUAAUAAUAAUUGAAAAAUAAAAUGUUUACAUUAAUUAAAAAAAAUUUAAAAAAAAAACAACAACAACAAAAUAUAUUUUUACUCUAUCUCUCUCCUUAAUCUUUCUCAUUAUAUAAUAUAUAUUUUAUAUAAUGUAGGUACAUGUAUUAUUUAUAAUAUGUUAAUAAAAUAUUUUUUUAAAGAUUUAACACUUGAAUGCUUAAUUUAUAGUUUUAAAUAUACUAUUUCACUAAACGUAUUUCCUAUACGCAACUGAAUUUUACUCCUGCAAACAACAUCAAUGGCAAAAUAUUAUAAUCACGAUGACCACUUGAUUACUGUCAUUUAUUAACAAUAGCUAUGAUCAACAACAUUUAAUAAACUAGACGUACCAUCAUCACUCGAAAAACAAUUGUGACAAUGCAACUUUUUGUUUCUGACCCGUACAUCCGUGCCCAUCAAGCCAUCGCCGAGCUGUACACAACACACACAGCAUUUAAAACACUCAAUGUGAUAAAAUAGUUGCAAACUCUCGAUAAUCAUGGCAGCGCCACGACCGAGUUCUACUGCACAGUGCGAACAUUUUUUUUUGCCGCUAACGCUCAACAUUGAUUCUUGGGGUACCCCACUAAUAUGAUCGUGCCUAUGACAUUCAUUUAAAAAAUAUUCAAUGUCAAUAAUGGAAAAUAAUAAAUAAUAAUAAACACAAAAAUUACCUGUGAAAAUCAUUAAACGACAGACGAUCUUGACGAUCUUGCACACGCUGUGUUAGGGUGUUGAUCACAGAAUCAGGUAGAGGUUUUUUGCUAUGUGAUGGCGGUGGUGGAGGUGGCAAAGAUGGUCUGCUGCGUGAACGCGGUUGAUUGGAAGCUAUCGCCCCCGGUGGUACUUGACGAUUACACCUAUCUACAAGACGACGGUGUUCAGCUUCCUAAAAAA